CGUGAUCGGAGUUAGACAUUCGUUGCGCGCGCCGCUUUUCAUGUUUUUUUGAGUCAGAAAAAAAUAAAUAUAAUUUUUGAGUGCAUAAAUUGUGAAAUAUAUUAAAAAAUAUUUUUGUGCUUGACUUGGCAAAAUGUAAAUUUUUGCUAUAAAUUGAAAAAAAAAAAAUAGAGCACUAGAGUGCAGAAAAUUGAACGAAUUUUUGUUGAAAAACCAAUGCAGUGCGUAAUAAAUUAUUGAAAAAAUGUGCAUAUUUUACUAUUGGCAAGGAGAUAAUAUAUAAAGCUAUCGCAUUCAUACGUCCAUGAAUAAUAUGGAGAGAAUCUAUUGAAAUUGAAAGUUUAGUGACGCAUGAAGAAAAAAAGAAAAAUUUGAAAUAAAAUAAAAAAAUUAUAACAAUCAAGUGAAAAAUGGCAUCGGCACAGACAGAUUCAAUGCCAAAAACAGCAAACUUACUUGCUUGCAAACAGUGGUGGAAAGUUUGCUUUUUGCAUGGAAAUCAAGAGAAAUAUUACCGACAAAUUUAUGGUAGAGCUGCUGCACAGCGUUUGGCAGGUUACCAAAAGGACGAUGAAAAUAAUAAAAUAACCGCAGAUACGACAGAUGCGGCAGCAAGUGAAUCGAAAAUCAUUUUUCCAACCAAACUCCACAGUCCUGUUGUUAUCGAGCAUGGCACCAACGAUACAUUUAAAUUGCAUGAUUACCAAAAUCGACGGACACGAUCAUAUCGUGAUGAUCCAAUUGUGCCUGGAAAAAGUAUCAUUAAUAUCCUCGACGAUCCAUUCCUGUUCGGUAUUAAUGAAGUUAAUGAAAAUGGAUCGGAUAGUGGAAUCGAUGCAAAUUGUUCCACUAAAGCUCCAAUAAACUAUCGAAACUCUAAUGGAUUUACAAAGAUUGAUGAUUCAGUAUCGCCGUUACCGCCUCCACGUCCACCUAAAUCAACGUCUAUAACCAUGCGAAAUAAGAUGAAUACGACAAGUGGAAGUUUCUCACCGAUAAUGUCGACUUCAUCAUCGUCUCAAUAUCAACCGACAUCAUUUCAACAGCCAUCAUCACUUCAUCACAAUGAGAUGAAAAUGGACUCAAAAUCGACAGUAAAUGCAAAUUUACCUCCAAAUCAAAGACCACAGAAACCGCUUAGUCCACAAACUAGUGUAGGAUUGCCAGCAUAUCAUUCAAAUUCUUCUAAUGCAUAUCAACAGCAUAAUUUUCCAACAAAAAAUGCACUGUAUCAACACAAUUCAACAAUGUCGGGUCAGCAAUCACUGCCACAAAUUCCAUUACCAAAUCAUCAGACACAAUUUUCACAUAAUUUUCCAUCAAGUCGAUUGAUUGGACAUUCGUCAAUAAUGGGACAUCAUCAAUUGGAUAUCAACAGGCAAUCACAAUCCGAUGAUGAUAGUGGAUGUGCUUUAGAGGAAUAUACUUGGGUGCCGCCUGGCUUACGACCUGAACAGGUUCAUUUAUAUUUUUCCACUAUACCAGAGGAUAAAGUACCGUACGUAAAUAGUGUAGGUGAACGAUAUCGAGUUAAGCAACUUCUACAGCAAUUGCCACCCCAUGACAAUGAAGUUCGCUAUUGUCAUUCAUUAACGGAAGAGGAACGAAAAGAACUGCGACUCUUUUCAUCGCAACGUAAACGAGAUGCAUUAGGACGUGGUGUUGUUAAACAGCUAGCAGUUAAUCAACAGUGUGAAGGCUGUAAUGACGUCAUGAUGUCAGGUGACAUAGCAGUUAAUGCAUCUCGUUUUGGAACAAAUGUUUGUUGGCAUCCUUCAUGCUUCAUUUGCAGUACAUGCAAAGAACUACUCGUUGAUUUAAUUUAUUUCCAUCGAGAAGGACGACUGUAUUGUGGACGCCAUCAUGCUGAAACGUUAAAGCCACGCUGUUCUGCGUGCGAUGAAAUAAUUUUGGCCGAUGAAUGUACGGAAGCUGAGGGUCGAGCAUGGCAUAUGAAACAUUUUGCAUGUUUUGAUUGUGAUAAGCAGUUGGGCGGUCAACGUUAUAUCAUGAGAGAAGGAAAGCCAUAUUGUCUUGGAUGUUUUGAUAACAUGUUUGCAGAAUAUUGCGAUUAUUGUGGUGAAACAAUAGGUGUCGAUCAAGGUCAAAUGAGUCAUGAUGGUCAGCAUUGGCAUGCAACAGAUCAGUGCUUUUCAUGUUCAACAUGUCGAUGUUCACUGCUGGGAAGACCAUUCUUGCCACGUCGUGGAUCGAUUUAUUGCUCAAUUGCGUGUAGUAAAGGUGAACCUCCAACACCAACAGAUAGUACAGCUCCAUCAAUGCACCGUCCACUUAGAUCACAACAAGCAAUACAACAUAAUAUUCCAUACAAUAUGCAACAAUCAACCUCAACAAAUCGAACUGGUUCUGAUAAUGAAGAAUCAAUAGCAGCUCCAUCAACUCCAUCCUCACCUCCUAAAUUUGCAUCACCAUCGUCACCAAUUCAUCAACAAAUUAGAAAUACGACAGCAAAUCAACAACAACCAAUGAGAUCCCCAAAAAUGGGACGACGAGCUUUAAAUUGUAAUCCAAAGCAAUCACCGGUAGCAGUAAAUAGUAGUAGCAGUCAGACACCGUCUCCAUAUUUGGGAAUGAAAUUUGAGCAACAUCAACAGCAACAAUAUCAAGUGGUUGACAUUCAAGACACAGUUAUUACAAUUAAUGAGCACGAUCAAUAUUCUUUGACAUCUCAAACAUCAUCGACAUGCAAUAAUAAGGGCUUAGAUCGAGUCUUGCUCGAAAGAAAUAUUGAAAAGUUACUCGAACGAAAUGACACGCAAUUACCAGCAAAUUCCUCAUCGUCACCAAUCAAUAUUCCCGAGAAUAUAACAAGAAGUCCACAAAUUAAUCGAUUAUUGCAUCAAGAUCGUAGUCGUGAGCCACUUGAUUUAACAGAUUUAGGUUUAAGUUUAGAUAAUUUAUCGCCAAAAUGCAAUACAAUAAGUACAAAUAAAACAGGAAUUGAACAAAAUGUUGAUGAAUCAGUAGAUAAGACAAUAACAUCAUCAUUGCCGGAACUCAAUUCAAUAGACAUAAAACGUUAUGUCGAGAAGAGAGAAAAGGAAGUACCGAAAGAGAAGGAAAUUGUAACAUUUGAAAGAUUGAAGCCAAAGGCUAUGAAAAGUAAAGAUCCAGAGCCAUCCGAGCCAAUAAGUGAGUACCGUGGUGUCGUAAAUCACGCAUAUAUUCAUGACGAUUUUCCUCUUCCAACAGCACUUCAAACAAUUUCUAAGAAAGAGGUGCGAUUUGAUGGUGAGAAGGAAGCAGUAGCAUCACAUUCGAGAGCACGAACAUACUCAGGACGGUUAUCAAGAAGUAGCGGUCGAAGACGUAAAGGAAGUCGACAGCGGAAGCAUGUGUCCGAGAAUCCAAGUUCAAAAUAUAAGCACGAGAGUAGCCAUCACAGUCAUCACAGUUCUCAUCGGAAGGGAUCAUCAAAAAAUAGUAAAUAUUCAAAUGAGCCAUGCACAUCAGCACAAGCAAAAUUGCGCGACAAUCAUUUGCACGAUUCAGAGACAAGUAGCUUAUGCUCCACAUGCUCAUCAAGCUCAAGCGACUCAGACGACUUUGCCUAUAAAUUGCCUCAGAGAAAGAUUUAUGGCGGUGUGAGAAUUAGUUAUGUACCUAAUGACGCACUCGCGUGCGCUAGAAAAGAGCAACAAAAGAAGCAAUCAGCACCUCAAAAUACUAGCGGCAAUAAAAAGUUUUUAGCAUUAUUCAAUUUUCUUUAGCUCAAGUGAAACUCAAUUUUUUUUGUAAGAUUUUUUUUAAAAACUCUUUUUUUAUGGAAAUCCAUUUUUUUUGUAUUAUUUAAUGAAGAGAUAUUUAUGACAAUAAAGAGAAGUUGAUGAGGAUAUUAUUAUUUUAAUGAAAAGAAAAAUAAAAGAAAG